AAUUUGAACGACCUUUUUCGAUAAAAAAUAUUUCGAUAUGGCAGCACUGACAGAGCUCUGCUAAUGUGACAUUUCCGAAAUUUUUAUGUCUGAUUGGUGAAGAUAUUUUUUCCUCCUUGCAAAAUCACACUUUUUGUAUCCGUUUGUGAAGAGUUUGAAAAGAUGUUAACCAAAACUCUGCUGUUCGGCGUUCAAAGCGUUGCUUUCCAAGCACGUCGUGGAUUCGGUGUAGCAGUACCAGCUAUGCAAAAAGUUAGCGAUCCAAUCCAACAACUUUUCCUCGACAAAGUUCGUGAAUACAAAUCAAAGUCGAAGGAUGGCGGUUUCGUUGACCCAACUCCUCAAUCGCAGACCGAAUUGAAAAGCGAAUUGGAACGGGUUGCUAAGCAGUACGGUGGCGGUGCUGGUGUUGAUAUGACCAAAUUUCCCGAUUUCAAGUUCGAAGACCCAGUUUUGGAUCCAAUUAAUCAAUCCGAUGAGAAGAAGAAGUGAAGUGUGUGAGAGGAGUAACCGAAUUAUAAGAGAAACAUUUAACCGAAAAAUGAGAAAUUGAAUAAAGAUGGCUAGCUCUUAAUUCCAUAAAAAGGUGAAAAUAA